AUCUCAGCAAAGAUGGCAUCCUCUCUUUCUCUCAUCGUGGUCCUUUGUCUGACCAGUGGUCUGUGGCUUGGAGCUGACGCUCAUUGCGGGGGAGACUGCCCAGUCUGCCCUGUUGGAUGGACUCAGUAUGGCUGCCACUGUCUCAAAUUCUUCUCUGCUGCUCUGCCCUGGGCUGACGCACAGGUGGCCUGCGUGAAAGAGGGGGCCAAUCUGGCGUCAGUCAACAGCAAAGAAGAACACACCUUUGUCAGAGACCUGAUCAAAGCUUCUGAUAGCGAAAAUCCUAGAACUUACAUUGGAGGAAAUGACAUUUUCAAGGAGGGACAGUGGAUGUGGGCUGACGGUUUGAACUUUGAAUUCCCUGGAUGGUUGGCAGGAGAGCCCAACGACUUCAAAAAUAAAGAGGACUGUCUGGAGCUUAACUUCAGAGAUGCUGGCAAUGACAUCGACUGCUCCUCACCAAAACCCUAUGUUUGCUCCAUGCAUGUGUGAAGAUCUUCAUCAAGAGACUUCACAAAUUGCAACAUUCAAUAAGAAAUCAAGAGCAAAUAUUCAUCAAUAAACAUUGUGGCAUU